AUGUCUGAAGCCCCGGAGAAAACCAGCACUGUGGUUAGCAAGUCCAAUUACCUCUUCACCGAGGAGGUUGUGUCCGAGAAAGAGCAGCUCACCGAGGUCCACCGUGGUCUCAAGAGCAGACACGUCCAGCUGAUCGCGCUCGGAGGAGCCAUCGGAACGGGUAUCUUUGUCGGUACCGGCUCGACGCUGUCGUCGUGCGGACCCGCAGGCCUGUUGGUCGGCUACCUGAUUCUGUCGUUCUUCGUCUGGUGCAUCAUGAACCAGCUCGGCGAGAUGGUUUCGUAUAUCCCCGUUUCCGGCCAGUCCACGAUGCACGCUCUGUGUGAGCGCUACACGGGCAACAAGUCGUUUGCGUUUGCUGCCGGCCUGAACCUCUACUACGCCCAGGCGCUGAUUGCGCCUUCCGAAAUGACCGCCGCCGCUUUUGUGAUCCAGUACUGGACCGACGCCAACGUGGCCAUCUUCAUUUCCAUCUUCUGGGUCUCGUGCGUGGCGCUCAAUUUCUGUGCGGUGAAAUUCUUCGGCGAGGUCGAGUUCUGGAUCUCCUCCAUCAAGAUUAUCACCAUCAUCGGCCUUAUCAUCGUCGGAAUCGUCAUUUUCUUCGGUGGAGCGCCUGCCUCGGACGGCGUGCUAGGCUUCCACUACUGGAAACACCCAGGAGCGUUUGUUGAACACCUUGUCCCGGGAAACACCGGCAAAUUCCUUGCAUGUUGGACCGGAAUCGUCAAGAGUGCGUUUGCUUUCGUUCUCAGCCCAGAACUGAUCACCGCCUGUGCUGCCGAGGCCGAGGCCCCAAGAUCGAACCUGCCUAAAGCGUGCAAGAGAUUCAUCUACAGGCUGGCCUUCUUCUACGUCGUCGGAGUGAUCAUCGUCGGAGUCAUUGUUGGCUCGAACGACCCACGGCUCAUGGACGCCGUCAACGCAGGAGCCAGCACUGCUGCCGGCUCGCCAUACGUGAUCGGUAUCCAGAACGCCGGAAUUAAGGUGCUCAACCACAUCGUCAACGCCGCCAUCCUCACGUCGGCCUACUCGUGCGGUAACUCGCAAUUUUUCGCCGCCACCAGAAGCUUGCACUCGAUGGCCUGCAACGGAGAGGUGCCGGCCAUUUUCGCCCGCUGCACCAAAAAUGGCGUGCCGAUCUACUCGGUCGCCCUUACAGGAGCCAUUGCCCUGCUCGCUUUCCUCAACUGCUCGAACUCGUCCGCUAAAGUGUUCACCUGGCUUACCAACAUCUGCACGAUUUCCGGCUUCAUCUCGUGGAUUUUCGUGUCGCUCACCUACCUCCGCUUUAGAAAGGCCAUUUCGUACCACGGCCUCGACGACAGAAUCGUGUUCAGACCACCAUUACAGAAAGCCGGUGCCUACCUCAGUGCUGGCUUCUUUAUCGUCAUCACCAUCACCAACGGUUACGGUGUGUUUUUCGACUUCAAUGUCGCCGACUUUUUCGCCGCAUACAUCACGCUGCCUAUUGUGGUUGCGCUUUAUGUGGGACAUACGCUGUGGUUCAGAAACUUCAUGAUUUUCGCCCCACCGGAGGAAAUCGACUGUAUUUCUGGCCUCGAGCAGAUCGAGAAGGACGCCGCCGAGUACGUGCCGCCAAAACCAAGGAACUUUGUGGAGAGAAUCUGGUUCUACAUCGCGUAA